CCUUGAAAUCACAGCCAUCCGGCGGACCCCACAAGCCUAAAAUCACAGCCAUUAACCACUACAACACAAUUAAUUAUUGCUUGCUCGGUUGCUUCUCUUCUCUCCAGGAAAAACAGAUCUGAGUUGUUGAAACUGAAAUUGAAAUGCUCGCCACACCGCAAAUUCAAGCAUAAUUAUGUGAUUUCAUUGAUUCAUGCAAUUGAUAAUUGAAUUCCACCUUUUUGCUUUAUUCCUUGUAUCACUAUCAUCGUUGUUGUUGUUGUUUCAAAAAGAAAAAGGAAGAACGGGAUCGAACCCGCUGAACCAGAACUGCAGUAUGGCGGCCAGUGAGCGUCACGUGUUGUUCUGUGCUGUUUUGCUUUGGACAUUGGAGCGCGAUGAAAUGAUGAGAUGUAGGGUGUAGGCACACACACCCAUUCUUUAAUAAGUUGGGUUGGGAAGCACCAGCCACCAGCAAGCUUCACGCAAUUAAAAGAGACAAACAGAUACACAUUCUGAAUUGCUGACAGACAGACAUGCAGACAUUUCUUUUCUUAAAGGUCCGUGCCUAUCAAACAUCAAAGUGCGAUGUGCCCAAAUCAUUCUCUCCCUUUUCUUUCUCUAAUUUCUUGGGCAAGCUUCAAUUUUUGUUUUUAGGUUGUUAAACCCGUGCUUUCGCGGCUUAGAACUCUGGGCCGGGGGAAGCACAAUAUGGAACCAAAAUUGAUCCUAACUGUGAUUCUGCUCCUCCUCACUGCAACUGUAACUGCGGAUUAUGUUCGGCCCAAGCGUCGAAAAACCUUACAUUUUCCAUGGAAGCCGAGGGAUUCUUCUCUUCCCCAACAGUUUGCAGGUUCACAUCUCUUUAGCAGGAGAGAAGCAAAUGCGCAUCACAUGGAUCACUGAUGACAACAACUCCCCUUCGUUGGUUGAAUAUGGAACAUCAUCUGGAGAAUACAAUUGUGCAUCUCAAGGAGAAAGCACAUCCUACAGUUACUUGUUCUAUAGCUCAGGAAAGAUACACCACACUGUCAUUGGACCACUGGAAGAUAAUACUGUUUACUUUUACCGGUGUGGAGGACAGGGCCCUGAGUUCCAGCUCAAGACUCCUCCCUCUCAAUUCCCUCUUGCUUUCGCUGUGGCAGGAGAUCUUGGUCAGACAGGAUGGACUAGCUCAACUCUACACCAUAUAGGCCAGUGCAAAUAUGACAUUCAUCUGCUUCCUGGGGACCUCUCCUACGCUGAUUACCUGCAGCACCAAUGGGAUACGUUUGGUGAGCUGCUACAGCCACUGGCUAGUGCUAGGCCAUGGAUGGUGACUCAAGGAAACCAUGACAAGGAGAGCAUUCCACUCUUCAAAGAAGGGUUUGCUUCCUACAAUGCCAGAUGGAAGAUGCCUUUCCAGGAAAGUGGAUCAAGUUCCAAUCUGUAUUAUUCUUUUGAAGCUGCAGGAGUUCAUGUCACCAUGCUUGGUUCUUAUGCAGAUCAUGACGAGUACUCAGAUCAAUAUGACUGGCUGAAGGCUGACCUUUCGAAACUAGACAGGCGAAGGACACCUUGGCUGCUAGCUUCAUUUCAUGUACCGUGGUAUAACAGCAACAAGGCUCAUCAGGGUGAAGGGGACAGCAUGAUGGCUUCCAUGGAGAAAUUACUUUAUGCUGCUGGUGUAGACAUUGUAUUCACUGGCCAUGUCCAUGCUUAUGAACGCUCAAAACGUGUGUAUGGUGGGAAGCCAGAUUCAUGUGGGGCUGUCCACAUAACUAUUGGUGAUGGAGGAAACAGAGAAGGCUUAGCUCAAGGAUACAAAAAUCCAGCACCAGAAUGGUCAGUCUUCCGUGAAGCAAGCUUUGGUCAUGGUGAACUCAAGAUUAUGAAUUCAACCCAUGCACUCUGGAGCUGGCACAGGAAUGAUAAUGAUGAACCAGUAAGGUCGGAUGAAGUCUGGAUAACAUCGCUGGCCAGUUCUGGUUGUCUCAAUGAAAAGAGUCAUGAAUUCAUGAAGACCUUCAUGGUACCAUAGGAUAUGGAUGUUUGUAUUUGUAUUACUUAUAACAUAAUCCUAUGUAAAUAUAUGAAGUGAGAUCUAAUUGGUCAUGCUAUUGCAGUUGGCACUUGGUCUGGCUUUCACUGAAAUGCCAGCGAGGCUUACUGGUUGAAUCUUGGUUACUAUCCUUCUUGCUCCUCCCAAGUAUGAUCAGACCAUCAUCAAACCAAAGUGUGUUAAUGACAUCUGAAGAUCGAAUAAGGGAGGAAAUUCUGCAA